AUGCUUUUCUUGGCAUUGAGACACUGCGAAGAAGUGGAUCAGGGUGCUUCCCGCUUGUUUACUAUCAUGAAUAUGAUUCAAUCUCAUUUAGAAGAAGAAGGACAAAGAUUUGAGCUGAUCGAUUCUUUACAGUUACCCCUUUUAAGAAGUGAACAAUCGCUUUGUACAUUGACAGAAAAAAUUGAGGAUUGCAGGUCUGAAGUUAAGCAAAACUGCAGUAUUUUGAUGAAUUAUCAGUUGAAGUCUAAAGAGCCAGCUACAAGUGAUGAGGUUUUGGGAUUAAUCAAUCUAAUGGUACAGAAUCUGAGUGAUUUAGCGGUUCUAAGAAGAGAGAUGAUGGUAGGCCCUCAAAAGGAAUUGAUGAAAUCACUUCAAAAGGAGUUGCAAUUCAUGAGAUGCUUUGUUGCUUUUACCGCGACAAGGUGCUUCGAUUCUCAGAAAUUUAAAGAUAUAUUGUCUGAGAUUCAAGCUUGGGCGAACCACAUAGCAUGUGUAUCAUAUCUGAUUUGGGUCGAAGGUAUGGACCAGGAUACUGCUUCAGGAAUCUGUACAAGGCUUUCUGAACUCCUGCCUGAGAAAGCAGGCAAGUGUCUUGUUGUCUUGAAAGUUUCAAAGUCUGACACUUGUUUACUUGCUGAACUCAUAACAAGCUUUGUUGAUUUUCUAUUGAAAUAUCUACACACCGACAUUGAGAACCAUCUUGAAUCAAUUCAAGAAGGGCUUGCCAUCUUGUUGUCAUUUCUCCUAGAUUCACCUCAGGAUUAUCCAAAAGAUAGGACGCUGAUUUUGGCACAAGCUGAUGUGUCUGUUUCUAAUGCUAUCACCUGGUUCUUUAGCCGGCAUCGUGUCAAGAGGGAGAGUGAUUGGAUUUCUCUUCUUUCUGGUUUCCAUGAAAAGAUUAGCAUAAUCAAGGAAGAGGUUAGAAUGUUUUGUAUCCAAAUCCCAGAUGUUUGUGAGUUUAAAUUUCUGAGGCCUGAUGGGAAAAGAUAUUUUGAUUUCAUUUUGGAAAACCUACAGAAAAUGAUGAAAAGAAGGGAUGACUUUAACCCUCUCGUAGAACGUAAAAUUGAGACAGUCAUGAGGGAGAUAGAGCAUUUAAUGCCUUUGCUGCUUGAUGUUACGCUCAUGGAAGGCCGAACCGAUCAUCUAGAUCCAACAGGUUUGUCAGUAAGAGUUAUCAAUAUGGCAUAUAAGGCAGAAUAUGUCAUUGACUUGUGCUCACUCAUGGACACUCCGAUCUGGUACAGCAUGGUAUGCCUUUCAGUUGUCAGUGCAGAAAUUAAGAAUACCAAGAUUGAAAUCGAGAACCAACUACAGGAUGGCUUCAGAUUAUACCCCAGUGCAGAAAAUGCCAGAAAUGCCUUGAGGAGACAGGCAACCACUUCUCUAGUUGAUGAUGUUGUUCUUGGCUUUGAGGACCAGGAAACAAAUAUAAUUGAUCAUCUUCUGGGGGGUUCAGAAAAACUCCAAAUCAUAGGGAUUUUUGGCAUGCCAGGCCAAGCAUUCGCAUGGACUUGUGUUUCUCAAGAGUACAAACCUAGAGAUUUAUUGUGUGAUAUAUUAAGCAAUAUCACUGUCGUAACUGAUAGAGAAGUCUCUAACAUGAGUGAUGAAGAUUUAUCUGAACGAGUUAGGAAUUGCUUAAUGGGAAGACAAUACCUCAUUGUUCUAGAUGAUACAUGGGAUGCUGGAGUUUGGAAUGACUUGAGACUUUCCUUUCCUGAUCAGAACAAUGGAAGCAGGGUUCUCUUCACUAGCCGAAACAAAUUAGCUGGCCAUGGCAAACUCAAAUUCAUUUCUCAUCCUCUUCGUCGAUUUUCUGAUAAUGAGAGUGUAGAGUUGUUACUUAAGAAGGUCUUUGGCAAAGAUGACUGUCCUCAAGAUCUAUUACAAAUUUCAAUGUCGAUUGCCAAACAAUGCAAGGGACUACCUUUGUUGAUUGUUCUGGUUGCUGGACCUACUAGUCCUAAACCCGAUGCCCUCUCAUCUGUCUACUCUCUAUCUUUCAUUUCCAGAUCCAAAAGGAUGUAUCCUAUCAACUCCCGCAUUUUCAAAAUCUUCAGACUUCUUAAAGUAUUAGAUUUUGGGAGCAUUAUGCUGAACUCAUCUUUCCCGGAAUGCAUAACCUUGAUGAUCCAUCUGAGAUACUUAUCAAUCUCAGGUAAAAUCACUUACAUCCCUCCAUCAAUAGCCGACCUUUGGAACCUGGAAACUUUAAUAGUGCAGGGAGAGAUCUUCCAUGCUGUACAUUUACCUGAUACCUUUUGGAAUAUGAAGAGUUUGAGGCACGUGAAAGUAUCGGAGGUGGCUUGCAUCUUGUUUCCUAAAACAUUUGGCAAGGUUAAUGAGCCAACGCAAUUGAACAAUUUGCAGUCCUUUUCAUUAGUGACUCUUCAGGAUGCAUAUCAAGACUCGAAGAUUCUGCUUCGUAGGCUUCCCAGACUCAGAAAACUGAGUUGCAGAUAUUCACAAGCGGCAGACUUCCAAUAUAAGAUCCCUUAUCAGCUUCCAAUAUUUGUCUCCCUUGGUGAACUUGAGACAUUAAGCAUCAUCCAUAGUACAUGUGACUUUGUGGGCGGGAGCGGGUAUGCAAGUUACAGUUACUUGACCCCUCCAUUUCCAGUGAUAAGCACUAGGACUUUCCCUCAGACGCUCAAGAAAUUGAGUUUGUCCAAAUUUUGUCUGUCAAGGAGGGCACUGUCUACCAUUGGGCGUUUAGCAAAUCUCGCGGUUCUGAAGCUAAGAAGGAUGGCUUUCGAGAUCUUCACAUGGAAAGUCGAAGAUGAAGAAUUCCCAAAGCUCCAAUUCCUGGAACUAAGCACAUCGACUAUAGAAGAAUGGGAUGCUCCUGAUGAUGACCCAUUUCCCCGCCUUGAACGGCUUGUUCUCAAGGAUUGUAAAAGUCUUAAAUGUAUUCCUUCGGGUUUUGCGAACAUUUACAGCUUGAAGGUGAUUGAACUGCACUCGUGCAGCAUCAACGUCAAAGAUUCAGCCAGGAAAAUAGUUGCCGAGCAGCGAGAUAUGGGCAACCAUGACCUUAAGCUAGUCUCUUUGUAG